UGCCCCUAUUUUGUUAUUCUUAUUUCAUCAGGUAUUUGGCUUGGAGUGGAAUGGGACAACCCAGAACGAGGAAAACAUGACGGCUCCAAUAAUGGUGUGCAAUACUUCCAGGUCAGUUCACCCACCGGUGGGUCUUUCAUCCGCCCCAAGAAGGCAGACUUUGGUGUGGACUUCCUCGCGGCAUUACGAGACCGAUAUGUCCCCGACGACGCACAGACAGCCGACAUUGACGAGAAGGAACUGUUUGUCAGAGGAGCCAACAACCAGAUUACCAUGGUAGAAGUAGUUGGAGCAGUGAAGGUGGCCAAGGAGCAAAGUACAUUUGCAUCACUGAAGGACGUGGUCUUGCGAGACACAAAGAUUAGCCGCAUUGGAACGACACAGCUGGAGAAAGAAACACCAGGAAUUACUGAGCUUGAUUUGUCAAGGAACUUGCUCUCCUCCUGGCAAGUAGUCUCUGAACUUACCAGUCAGCUGAGGAAACUAAAAGGACUUUCAGUAAGUGAGAACAGGUUGCAGAUUCCAUCCAACCCUUCCAGUCUAGCCAGCAGCUUCUCAAAUCUCCAAGAGCUGUUCAUCAAUUACAUGAACCUGACCUGGCCCAUGGUGGCGCGCUGUGCACCCAUGUGGCCUAGCCUCAAGAAUCUCCACUUGUGCUUCAACCGGAUAUCAAGCAUAGAUCGGUUGCCUCCCGGCACCUUUGAGACGUUAGAGUUGUUAAAUCUAGAAGGCAAUGAGUUAUCCGAGUGGCAGCACGUCAUGCACCUGUCACAUUUACCAAGGUUAGACACCCUUAUACUCAAUUCCAAUUCACUGACAAGUGUGUUGUUUGAAGACACUCAGGCAUCUUGCAAGACACAACACUUCCUCAGUCUCAAAUCGCUGUCAAUCAGUGACAACUUGCUGAGUAGCUGGCGAGACAUUGCUGAGCUGGAGAAGCUAGCCUGUCUGGCAGAGCUCAAGAUCAGAAGGAACCCCUUCAUGAAGGACAUACUGGCAGUAGAUGUCAGAUCGCAACUGAUAGCCAGGCUAGGAGGGCUGAAAAACUGCAACGGUAGCACUAUCGUGGCAGCCGAGAGGAAAGGCUCUGAGAUUGAAUACGUGAACAAGACCUGUAAAGAGUGGCUGGCCAGCGGGGGCAGCCGAGACAGCAAGAAGAGUGACCCUAGUGUGGAGUUCUUACAAGUACAUCCCAGAUACCUGAAGCUGAUAGAAAAGUACGGCAUACCAGAGGAAUCAGAGCUCGUUGUCAAAUCACACACCUUGAAGGACGCCCUCAUCGCUGUCACCAUCGAAUGUCCAGAUGAUGCCACCAAGAGAACACUGACCAAGAAACUUCCAAGAACAAUGGAGCUGCAGAAGUUGAGGAGUCUGAUUUACAAACUGCUGAAGAUAGACGUGAGUGACCAGAGACUGACUUACACAAGCAAGAAGGUUCCAGGCCAGGAGUUGGAAUUAGACAAUGACAUGAGAGAGUUGUCCUUCUUUGCCAUCGAGAGUGGUGACACCAUACUCGUCCGUUGGUGACACAAGGCAGUAGGAUUGCUCAGUGUAAAUAAACAGGGUGUAUAGAGCUGCGUUUGUCAUUCAGGUAAAACAAAAUGAAAAGAUCUUCUCCCGGCUAAUGGAGCGGAACAAAAGCAGUGUCCUCCGCAAUGGCUGCAUGAAUGUUGUCUGCAACAGUAGAUGUUGAAUAUUUCAGUUGUGAAAUGAGGCAGUGGUAAAUAUUUUCACAGAAAGCGGCAAAUAUGGCAAGAACACGUGCUGAGUUUGAGACGGACACUGUUGACAUGCAAGGCUGUUUUUGUCAUGUUGUCAUCCGAAAGACAGAAAGACACGGCACAGGAGCCCUGAUUGGCAAUGUGAAGUCACAUUGUUAGCAUGGACCAAACUUGACCAGUCUCUUGCAUUUCUAUAUGCACCGUAAAUAUCUUGGCCGGUUCAUAUCUGCAGAGUUUUUCCAUCUUUGCAAGCAGCCUUUUUUUAAACAGCAGUUGGCAAAAAUUACCACUAUUGUCAGCAGCUACAAAUGGGACCGAUUUGUUAUAUGACUCCAAUCAAGUGCCCUACAGUUGACCUGAUGAACCCUGAAUGUUACAAGCAGUGUGUUGUAGUGGAGACCGUUGCAAGACCAGUCACGUGUACAGGAAUGCUGUUACUGCAGUUCAUUUGAAUAGUCUGUGACUUGUCAGACCGGAGGGUAAAGAUUAGCGUUGUGAUGGCAUUGAAGGGUAUUGACAGCAACUUUGAUGUUGGGUGUGAUUGACCAGAUCAAAGUUAAUCCUUACAGUGAAUAUGUCUCUCCUCUGUGGAGAUACCCAGCAUGUGACACUGUAUGUGUAUCCAUUUUUAAUCAAUUUACAUCCCUGAUGUAAAGCCAAAUUCAUUAAUAUCAUUGGCAUUUUGGAUUACUGAGUGGAAUAGUACCAAAUACAUUGAUUUACCUAGCAAGACAGUUGUGUCAUUUAGGUAUGGUUAGUUAUUUCAUAUCUCUCCAGCGUUUCAUUGGAAUUAUUUGCAGUGUACAGGUAGUGCUAUUGAACUUGAGGUUUAUCAAGUUUGUGUCCCGGAUGUUCCAUUCUUUACUCAGAAUCUUGGCCCAUAGAUGCAGGAUGUAUGCUUCUGUCGGCCAGUUUUGAUGGCAUAAUUCUUGGCAUUUGUUACUGCUUUGGUUUGCUUGAAAAUGCUUCACAUAACUUUUCUUUGAUUCCAUGGCCAAAAGGCUGUGAAUCUUUCCUGAAGUCUUCCAAGCUCAUCACAGCAAAGUGACCAAAUAGAACUGAAAAACCUAGAAACUAGCCGGCAUCUCACAAUAAAUUUACGAUGAAUAGAUGGAUCCCAAUACGACGCUUUUAGUGUCGAUCUGUGCACUUCCGCAUUUGAAAACGAGGCUGUAUGUGUCACCUUCA